AUGAUGCACCCACUCUUCGGCGUGCAACCAGCAGGCUCUCUGCCCGUCACAUAUCCUCACGAGGUGAUGCUAGACGAUUACACACAACAAACGGCAUGCUCUCAGACGUCAAGGAGGCUUUCACGAAGCUCCAACGGACAGCGUUCUGGAGGAAGUGCUAUGAGAGUCGCCAAACCUUCAAGUGUCAACAACAGCCCUCGAUCGUCUAGCCUUAUGAGUCGACGCAAGACUCUCAUGAAUGACGGCAACUCUCAACGACGACAGCAACAAAUCAUUGAACAACUUUCUUCAUUCUGCGAUAUGCAGUCACAACAGCCCUGCCAACGAUCCUCGCGUCCCGUGAGCUGGCACCCGAGUUCCUAUGGACAAACUUCAACACAGCAGCACAUGCCUGCCUUGGCUCCAAACUACUCGCCUGUCGGCCAGCAAGAUCUGUAUGGAAACUAUUCUCACUACUCACCUAUGAUGAGUUCAACUUCGUGUGGCACAUCCCCUCUGGCCUUCUCUCAUCUCCCACUACCAUACCAGUCUGCCGAUAAUAUGGCAUACAACCCCUACCAAGGAGCCUGCAUGUCACAGCAUUCACCAGCUGGAUCUUUGGCGAUGGACGCUCGUUCAAUGCCGGCUACAUCUGCUCCUGUCGAAUCCACAUACGGCAACGGGUGGGAUUGGAACAGCUUUAUCAUGCAUGGAUUUGGCUCAACAACGCCUCCCACACCAGAAGCACUUCCUCAAAGCCAAUUGUCGCAGCCUGCUGUCUCUGAGGAUAUCCAAUACCAGGCUCUCGACGAUGCUUCGGAAGAAGAGGGCGAGAUCCUAGUUGGAAUGGGCCUCUACGAUGCCCCAGAAAAAUUCAACGAGGACCCACAGUUGAACAACUACCGAUCCACCGUAUCAUCUCUACUUGGUUCAUCGUUCAGAAGUUACGAGCCUAGCGGCAAGGGCUUGAAACUUGAGGAAACAUGGGAACCUCCCAAAUCCGAUGACGAAGAUGAGGACGACGACGAAGAGGAGGAGGAAGAAGAGAACAAAGACGACGGAGAGUAA